AUGAACUUCAAAACAUUUCGCCGACUGAAAACACCUGGAGAGUACACAACUCUCUACAACAAAAUCGGCAGCUUCGGAGGAAUGGUGGAAAUGCGAUCUGCCUUUAUGUCACAGGAAUUCGCCUGUGGGGGCUAUGAAAACGGGCUACAGUCAUUGAUCCCAACCGUACUUACCAUUGGACUUCUUGGCUACCCUUACGUUCUUCCGGACAUGAUAGGUGGUAACGCUUACGGAGAACAUGGCGAAUUCCACUUAACUGUUCUGCCCCAGAGAGAGUUGUACAUCCGCUGGCUGGAGCUGACGGCGUACCUACCCUCAAUGCAGUUUUCUGUGUUACCAUGGCAAUAUGACGAAGAGGUUGUGCAACUGACCAGAAAGUUCGUGGACAUCCAUGAAAAUAUUGUUGCCCUUCGGAUUAUAGAGGCGAUCAAGCAAGCACAUUCUGACGGCACGCCCCUGAUCCGUCCAAUCUGGUGGCUGGCUCCGGAAGAUGAGGACGCCCUUCAGGUGGACUCGGAGUUUAUGGUGGGAGACUCCUCACUCGUGGCUCCAAUACUAGAGGAUGCUCAGCGACAGAGAAGUAUAUACUUACCAGAGGGCAAAUGGCGGGAUGAACUUCGUGCUUGUAAGCUAGACGGCAAGAUAUGGCUACAAGACUUCAGAAUCGAACUAGAUCAAGUGGCUACCUUUUAUGAUGGUACACCUGAUUACGGCUUUGGUACACCUGAUUACACAGUGUUGACAAACCUGAUUACAGCUUUGGUACACCUGAUUCCAAAUAAUGAGGGCACAGUAUUCUUUUCCAUCAAAGAGGAUCUACGCAGCCUGUCCCUAGGUCAUUUUGAGCCUUGGGGAGAGCAGAAAAUGAGUGCGUUCUUAUGCAAGUUUGACGAAGGAAAACACAAGAUACUGUUUUGCUCUUCCCCCGGUAACAAUACCGAAGAGCCAUUUCUGCGUGGCAUAAUUCGUGGAUUUCCAAAAAGACAACGUAUCACCCCAAACAAAUCAGAAUGUGUUAUUCAGACCGGAGAGGACAGUGUGGAAUUUGGGCAAAUGGCGACCCUGCAUGUUUCCAGGACGAGCGUGGGGAGGGACAAAGGAAUAGACUGUUUCCACAUCUCACUAAAAGCUCACAGUCGCGAUUAUACGCCUGAGAUAGAAUUGGAUCUGGAACCAGAUAAAGUUCACUGGUACGGUGGAUCGGAGUUGUAUAUUCAGCAAUGGCCGAUGAACAACUCGCAUAUACCAGACGGACCGUAUCUGUCUAACGAUUACCUGUGUAUGCCAAAGGAUCACAAAGCCUCUGGACCCGUCUUAGAAAGGUACUGGAUCAAUUCCCGAGGAGUUGGAGUCUGCGUGGACAAUGAAGUGCCACUACACGUAAGCUGGGACAGUACUUACGGGCAAUUCAGACUGAAAGCAGUUUUCGACGAUACGCAAUAUGCUAGUGUUAAACUUCCAGAGGACGGCUUACCGACACUGUCGCUUACAAUCUACAAGGCGUCCAAUGUGAAAGAAGUGCAUCAAACCAUGUCCAGCAUCUGCUUCAGUAAACCACUGGGGAAACCGGACGAACGGAUGAUCAGGAGUCCCAUCUGGUCCACAUGGGCAACUUACAAAGUCAACAUCGAUCAGAAGAAAAUCGUGGACUUCGCUCAAGAUAUUCUGACGCAUGGCUUCCCCAAUAGUCAGUUAGAAAUCGAUGACAUGUUUUCCAGUUCUUACGGAGACAUUGACUUCAGUGAGGCGAAGUUCAGUGACCCCAGGGCAAUGAUAAACAAUCUGAAGAACCUCGGGUUCCGUGUUACUCUCUGGGUGAUGCCAUUUUCCAACCUUGAUUCCAGUGCAUUUAAGGAAGGUACAAAGAAGGGAUACUUCGUCAAGGAAACGCGUGGCGAAGCCCCAGCCUUGGUAAAAUGGUGGCAAGGUAUAGGAGCUGUUCUAGACCUCACCAAUCCUGAAGCGGUCGAGUGGUAUUCCCAGAGGCUGAGGAAAAUUCAGCAAGACUACGGUGUAGAUUCUUUCAAGUUCGAUGCUGGCGAAAUAGGUUACUUGCCCAUGAACUUCAAAACAUUCCGCCCACUGAAAACGCCUGGAGAGUACACAACUCUCUACAACAAGUUAAUCUGCAGCUUCGGAGGAAUGGUGGAAAUGCGAUCUGCCUUUAUGUCACAGGAAUUCGCCAACUUCGUCCGUGUGACAGACAAAGAUUCCUGCUGGGGCUAUGAAAACGGGCUACAGUCAUUGAUCCCAACCGUACUUACCAUUGGACUUCUUGGCUACCCUUACGUUCUUCCGGACAUGAUAGGUGGUAACGCUUACGGAGAACAUGGCGAAUUCCACUUAACUGUUCUGCCCCAGAGAGAGUUGUACAUCCGCUGGCUGGAGCUCACGGCGUACCUACCCUCAAUGCAGUUUUCUGUGUUACCAUGGCAAUAUGACGAAGAGGUUGUGCAACUGGCCAGAAAGUUCGUGGACAUCCAUGAAAAUAUUGUUGCUCCUCGGAUUAUAGAGGCAAUCAAGCAUGCACAUUCUGACGGCACGCCCUUGAUUCGCCCAAUCUGGUGGCUGGCUCCGGAAGAUGAGGACGCCCUUCAGGUGGACUCGGAGUUCAUGGUGGGAGACUCGUUACUCGUGGCUCCAAUACUAGAGGAUGCUCAGCGACAGAGAAGUAUAUACUUACCGGAGGGAAAAUGGCGGGAUGAACUUCGUGGUUGUGAGCUAGACGGCAAAACCUGGCUAGAAGACUACAGAAUCGAACUAGAUCAAGUGGCUACCUUUGUGAAGUUAUUUUGAAAUCUUCUUGACAGCCUUCCAUGUAGUCCUCAUAACUGCCAAGGAAGCAUCACUGGUCUUACCUUUAACUUAUCGGAAUCAGGGUUUUCCUAGUUUCUCUACGUCAUGUUUGUGUGUACAUCGCAAUAUUCCAGCAGGUGAUCAUUUUACCACAGGUAACUUAAAAAGAUAUGAAGUUGUUGGUAACGUCAUUGUGUGUGUGAGUGCAUUUGUAAAAAAACAAUAGGUUAUACCAAAAACGGGUUUACCUGAAAAGUUAAGGAGACUGUGAUAUUUGACGAUUGAUCAUAUGCUCCCUGUGACUAUCAACUGAAUCAUACUUAUUUGCAUUAUGUACACGUUACAGUCCAACGAGUCCCUUACUACUAGCCUUGUCCUGGUAUACAAACACACACGUGGUUAGCAGAUGCUCAUAACAUAAACCACAUGUUCAUGCAUCAAGAUUCUGAUGGUUCAGUGUAAUUUCAUGAGUUUAUCUCAUAUAAGUGAUAUGAUAUUCUGUAAUAAUUGUGUUUGAAUAAUUUUGGUGAAAUAGAGUAUAGUGUCAUGGCGGUUUUGGGAUAAAUCCUGAUUCAUUUGACCAGCGAAGUCCGUCGUUCCUUAAGCAUCGAUACAUUGCGACAGUUUAUCACGAGAAUUAGUGUAUUACUGUUACUGAGUUGGCUGGUAAUGCUUCUUCUCUGAAGAUAGAUCUUGAUCUUUUGCUUUUUAAGUACAUAUUCAGUGCUAUUUAUCAAAAAAUUAUACUUUAAAUACUAGUUGGCAAUAUAAUAAUGUUUCCAUUAUAUUUUUACAUUUACAUAUGUUUACCCCAAAGUGGCUCUGCUGUUAUAAACAUGCAAAUAACCGGUGAUUUUUACGUAUUCAUUAGACCAGUUUUUACACUGUUACACUUGUUUUGUUGAAUAAAAGAAAUACUGCA